AAAACCAAAGUGAUAUCUACGACCCGGUGUCCAAUGAUCUGGAGAUUCCUUCAUCUCUACGGCAAAGACAGGAAUCGAUUGAUAUGAAGAGGAAGAGACUGUUAUAUCAAAGCAGAAAACGAGGCAUUCUGGAGAAUGAUCUCAUUUUGGGCACAUUUGCCCACAAAUAUCUGAAUCAAUUCAGUGACAAACAGUUGGAAAUGUAUGACUCGAUCAUUAAUAUGCCGUCAAAUGAUUGGGAACUGUAUUACUGGUCAGUCGGUCGCAAAGAAGUGCCCAAACAUAUGCACAACGAAGUGAUGGACUUAUUGAUUGAAUUCACCAGAAAUAAGGAUAAAGAAAGCAGAAUAAGACAACCGGACAUCUGAUCCAUGGUUUACAUUGACAUCACUUAUAGUGUGGUUAAAGUAUUAAUUACCGG